UAUAUUGUGAAAUAAGUCGUAGAGACAAAACACACUGCGUUCACAAUACAAUCAUCUUUCGCUAAUGACCGCAUUUAACAAUGAAAUUAUUAAUUUUAUUUUGCUUUAUAAACUGUGUUUUGUCUUUGGAAGAAAAAUCUCCACGGAUCAUAAUUGUUGGUUCAGGCGCAGCAGGUAUUGCAGCUGCUUCAAAACUUCUGCAGAAUGGAUUUAAUAAUAUUACCAUUCUUGAAGCAGAAAACCGGAUAGGCGGAAGAGUUUAUUCGGUUCAAAUCGGUGAAUAUUUAGCUGACUUAGGAGGUCAGUGGGUCGUGGGCGAGGUCGGAAAUGUUGCAUUUGAAUUAGCUUGGCCAUUAGGACUUUUACAAAAAUCUACUGAUAAUAAAGAAUGGAAUUCAACGUUAAAAAUAUUUGGAUCAUCAGGAGAAGUAAUACCUGAAAGUGUAGCAACCCCAUUAGCAGAAUAUCUCUUUAAUAUUGCAGGCAUACAUGAUGAUAUCAAUAAUUUGAAAUCUGGCUCGUUCGGAGAAUAUGCAGAAAUGAAACUGAAUGAAUAUUUCGAAAAUCAUCCGGAAAUAACUGCUGAUAAACGGAAACCACUGCUUCACUUUUUGGAUAUGUGUCAAAUGUCAGAUCAUGCUGCUGCAAGUUGGCAUGAUGUCUCAGCAAAAGGUACAAAGGAGUAUGCUUCUUGUGAAGGAGACCAAGCAAUCAAUUGGAGAAGACGUACCUAUUCUACUAUUUUAGAUAUACUUAUGAAAAAAUAUCCGAAUCCCGAAGAUGAGCUUCCGGUGAAAAAUAUCACCAAACUAAAUACCAAAGUAUUUAAUAUACAUUACGAUGAAACUCCUAUAAAAGUGACAACCACUGAUGGAAGAGAACAUUUGGCUGAUCACGUUAUAUUUACCCCGUCAUUGGGCGUACUUCAAAAAAAUUAUAACCGAUUAUUCAGUCCAUCGCUGCCUACCAAAAAACUUAAUGCAAUUAGGAAUCUUUCUAUGGGGCAUGUGGCUAAAAUAAUUGUUUACUAUACUAAUCCUUGGUGGUUAAAUGAACCAAUUCUUGCAAGAGGUAUUUACUGGACUGAAGAAGAUAGAAAAGAAAUUGAAAAUGAUCCUCAGAAAAGAUGGAUGCUUGGAGUGUCUACAGUAAAUCGAGUGGAACACAAACCAAAGUUAGUUAUUUUUUGGGUAACUGGAUCUUACGUUCAUGAAAUGGAAGCUCUUCCGGAAACCAUAUUUCAAGAACAAGUAAAACAUCUCAUCAGAAGAUUUUUCGAAAAAACCUACAGUCUUACUGAGCCUACUUUAAUUGUGAGAACUACUUGGAAUACUAAUGAAAACUUCCUUGGGACUUGGAGUUAUCGUGGGGUACAAGCCGAUGUUGCUAAUGCUCAGAUUGAAGAUUACGAAGAACCAAUCAUGCAAAAUGAUAAACCUGUACUGCUAUUUGCUGGUGAAGGUACAAGUGUUCAUUAUGGAAUGAUCCAUGGCGCAAUCGAAACAGGAUGGCGAGAAGCUGAUCGUAUAAUUAUGUAUCACAGCAAAAAAAAAUCUCCACGGAUUAUAGUUGUUGGUUCCGGCGCAUCUGGUAUCGCAGCCGCUUCAAGACUUCUUCAGAAUGGAUUUAAUGAUAUUACCAUUCUUGAAGCAGAAAACCGGAUAGGCGGGAGAGUUUAUUCGGUUCAAAUCGGUGAAUAUUUAGCUGACCUAGGAGGUCAGUGGGUCACGGGCGAGGUCGGAAAUGUUGUAUUCGAAUUAGCUUGGCCAUUAGGACUUUUACAAAAAUCUGAUGAUAAUAAAGAAUGGAAUUCGACGCUAAAAAUAUUUGGAUCAUCGGGACAAGUAAUACCUGAAAAUGUGGCAACGUCAUUAAUUAAAUAUUUGGAGACCUUAACAAGUUCUAUGGAUGAAAGUAUUCAUUUAAAAACUGGCUCGCUGGGAGAAUACGUCGAAAUAAAAUUAAAUGAGUAUUUCAAAAGACAUCCAGAAAUAACUACUGAACAACAGCAGCCAUUAUUACGUUUAUUAGAUUUGAUGGAAAUGGUACAAGAUGCUGGGAAAAGUUGGCAUGAAGUUUCUGCUGAGGGUGCAUUCAAUUAUAAGUUUUGUGAAGGUGAUCAAGCAAUUAAUUGGAGGACACGUACAUACUCUAUGAUUUUGGAUAUACUUACGAAAAAAUAUCCAAAUCCUGAAGACGAACUUCCAGUGAAAAAAAUCACCAAACUAAAUACCAAAGUAUAUAACAUACAUUAUGAUGAAACUCCUAUAAAAGUUACAACAACUGAUGGAAGAGAGCACUUGGCUGAUCACGUAAUAUUUACACCGUCUCUAGGCGUGCUUAAAAAAAACUACAAUCAUCUAUUUAGUCCAUCACUCCCUGAGAGAAAACUUAAUGCAAUUAAAAAUCUUUCUUUCGGAGGUGUCGCUAAAAUAAUUCUCUAUUAUGAAAAUCCUUGGUGGUUAAACGAUCCAAUUUAUUUACGGUCUAUAUAUUGGACUGAAGAAGAUAGAAAAGAACUAGAAAAUAAUCGUCACAGAAAAUGGAUGCUUGGUGUAUCUACAGCGAUGAGGGUUGAACAUAAACCGAAGUUACUGCUUAUUUGGGUGAGUGGACCCUACGUACGUGAAAUGGAAUUAACUCCAGAAGAAUUAUUUAAAACACAAGUAAACUAUCUCAUAUGGAGAUUUUUUGACAAGGCUUACAACAUAACUGCGCCUACUGUAAUAAAAAGGACUACUUGGAACACUAAUGAAAACUUCCUCGGAACUUAUAGUUUUCGCGGGGUACAGGAUUAUAUUGCUGGUGCUCGUAUCGAAGAUUACGCUGCACCAAUCCAAUUGGAAGAUAAGCCUGUACUACUAUUCGCUGGUGAAGGCACGAGUGAUCAUUACGGUAUGGUCAAUGGUGCAAUUGAGGCAGGAUGGCGAGAAGCUGACCGUUUGAUUAAUUACUACAAUCCAUCUCCACGGAUUAUAAUUGUCGGUUCAGGUGCAUCUGGUAUUGCAGCAGCUUCUAGGCUCCUUGAAAAUGGAUUUAAUAAUAUCGCUAUACUUGAAGCUGAAAACCGAAUGGGAGGAAGAGUUUAUUCGGUUGAAAUCGGUGAAUAUCUAAUGGACAUAGGAGCCGAAUGGGUGCACGGAGAAAAAGAUAACGUUGCAUUUGAAUUAGCCUGGCCGUUAGGACUCCUUGAAAGAUUUAGUGAAAAUACUGAGUUUAAGUUUGGAUUAAAAAUUUUUGGAUCAUCGGGACAAAUAAUACCUGAAAAAAUAGCAAAUCCGUUACAAAUGCAACUUGAUACCUUGAGUGAAUCGAUUGGUGAUAAUAUUAAUUCGUUAAAAACUGGUUCGCUUGGUGAAUAUGCAGAAAGAAAAUUCAAUACAUACUUUAUGAAUCAUCCGGAAAUAACAACUGAUCAACACAAACCAUUAUUACAUCUAUUGAAUUUGAUGGAAAUGGUAAUGGAAGCAGCAGAAAGUUGGAAUGAAGUUUCGGCAACAGGAGAAUACGAAGAAUGUGAGGGAGACCAAGUUAACAAUUGGAAGGAACGUACUUAUUGGACAAUUUUAGAUAUACUUAUGAAAAAAUAUCCAAAUCCAGAAGAAGAACUUCCAGUGAAAAGUAUGACUCAAUUGAAUACCAAAGUAUAUAACAUACAUUAUGAUGAAACUCCUAUAAAAGUGACAACUACUGAUGGUCGGACACAUUUGGCCGAUCACGUAAUCUUCACGCCAUCUUUAGGCGUACUUCAAAAAAAUUACAAUACGUUUUUCAGUCCACCGUUACCUGAGAAAAAACUAAAUGCAAUUAAAAAUCUCUCAUUCGGGCGUGUGGCUAAAAUAAUUGUUUACUACGAAAAUCCUUGGUGGUUAGACGACCCAAUUUAUAUGAGGGCUAUUUAUUGGACUGAAGAAGACAGAAAAGAAAUUGAAAAUGACCCCCCUAAAAAAUGGAUGCUUGGAGUGUCACUAGGAAUGCGAGUGGAACAUAGACCAAAGCUUCUUCUUUUUUGGGUGACCGGACGUUAUGUACGUCAUAUGGAGCUGACUCCCGAAGUUUUCUUUCAAGAACAAGUGAAAGAACUUAUAACUAAAUUUUUCGGAAAAGCUUACAAUCUUACAGAAGAACCUACUAUAAUAAAACGGAGUCUUUGGGCGACCAAUGAAAACUUUCUCGGGACUUACAGUUAUCGCGGAGUACAAGCUAAUAUAGCUGAUGCUCACAUUGAAGAUUAUGCAGAACCAAUCAUUCAAGACAAUAAACCUGUACUGCAGUUUGCGGGUGAAGCUACAACUGCACACCAUUCUACAGUUCAUGGAGCAAUCGAUUCAGGGUGGCGUGAAGCUGAUCGUCUAAUCAAUUAUUAUAAUAAACAAAGUAUUGUAAAAAAAAAGAAAAUAACUGAUCCACAAAUUUCAAUUAUGUAUCCCAGAAAAAAUUAAAAAAGAACUAUGUAUUUUUAAUAUUUAAAAAAAAAUAAACACGA